AAUUGAAUUCAGACAUUUAUCUUCUCUUCAGCUUUUGCUAAAGACAUUUAUCCUUUCUUUGUAUUGUCCUAAUUCUCUCUCUCUCUCUCCAAUGGCUUCCUCUCUUCUUCUUCUUGUGUCAGUUUCAUGGUUCUCUUCCUUCCUGGCUCUGCUAGUCUCCCCCGCACAAGCAGCCACCUGCACCUCACAGACAUUCAAUAACAACAAGCUCUACUCCAACUGCACCGACCUCCCCGUCCUCAACUCCUACCUCCACUGGACCUACGAUACCUCCGACUCCUCUCUGUCUAUCGCCUUCAUCUCUACACCCUCCCAAUCUGACGGCUGGGUAGCGUGGGGCAUCAACCCCACCUCCACCAAGAUGGCUGGAGCACAGAUACUCUUGGCCUACAACACAGAUGGUGGGAUCCCAACCGUCAAAACCUUCAACAUCAGCUCAUACACCUCCGUGGUACCGGGAAAACUCUCAUUUGAUAUCUGGGACAUCAGCUCCGAGUUCUCCAACGGAACGUUCAAGAUCUUCGCCGCCGUUAAGGUUCCCAAAAACAAGAAGUCUGUGAACCAAGUCUGGCAGGUGGGCCCCAGGGUCAACCAAACCUCUGGUUUCCCCGACAAACAUGACAUCGUCGGCCCCAACCUCGAGUCCUUUCAGACCUUGUACUUGGCAGCUAGGCCCAUUACGGGCAAUAGCUUUAAUCCCUAUAAACCUGGCACUAGCAUUAAUCCCUAUAAUCCUGGCAACUGCAGUAGUCCAAAUACGGGCACUCCUUCCAUUAGGCAGCUCUGCACUCCCGCUAGUGGCCGUGGUGGUGGUAGUGCAGGAGGGGCUUUGAGGAUUGGGAGUGGAGGAAACGUGGUUUUGUUCUCUGUUUUGCUUUCGGUUCUUGCAGCUUUCAUUGCUUUCUAAAUUUGGUAUUUUGGAUUUGGUCUUCCUGAUUUUAUUUUUCUUCAUAGUAAUGUGAUCGAUGAGGUUUAUUGUAUAGGGAUGGUAAUUUUCUGAUGCUAUAAUGGGUCGUGUGAAGAAUAAAAUUAUGUUUGGGGAUAGCUUUGGGGAAAUUUUUUGGAUAUGAGGUUGGGGCUGGUUCGGGGAAAUUAUGAUAUAAAGUAAUAUGUAUAUUAUUUAUAUUUCAUGUAUGUAUAUAUUGCUAAGUGUGUUCUAGUUGUGUAACAUGAAUAUUAUUAAAUUUUAAAUUCUGCAUAUUUCAUUCAA